CAAACAAAUGAUGUUCCUCAGAUUCUGGUGGCUUUUGUGGAUACUUGAACAUCAUGAGUUUUUAGCAGAAAAUCUCAGGGAAGAGAAGAUAUAUGGAUUGAGAAGAUCAAAGCCUAAACAUAUUCUGUCAAAUAUUGUAGAAAAAUAUCCCAGCCCAAGUGAUCAAGAUGAAGAUUGCAUUCUGGAAAUUGCUUUUUUACUGGACAGCUCCGAAAGUGCUAAGGACUAUAAUCAUGAACAACAGAAAAAAUUUGUACUGCAAACAGUAGAUAGAAUGAAAAGUCUGCAGCUUAGUUCUGGACGUACCCUUCGCUGGAGGAUGGCCUUACUUCAGUACAGCAGCACUGUUUUCAUAGAGCAAACUUUCCAUGACUGGAAAGGUCCUGAAGCAUUCAAAUCCCACAUUGCUCCCAUCACCCACAUAGGUCAUGGCACCUACACAACUUACGCUAUAACUAAUCUUACCCAACUCUACAUGACUGAAGGGACUUUGGGUAGUGUAAAAGUAGCCAUACUUUUCACUGAUGGAGUGGAUCAUCCAAGAAACCCAGAUAUUUUUGCAGCUACAGCUGAUGCCAAACACCAAGGAAUUAUAUUUUUUACAAUGGGAAUGACCAGAGUGGCUGAGGAGGUUAGCAAUGCUGCCAAGCUCCGGCUCCUGGCCAGUGUCCCAGCAUCCAGGUUCGUUUUCAACCUCCAGGAGAAAGAAACUGUGGAGAAGUUUCUCAAAGAAAUGAAAGAUCUGUCUGAGGAAGAGUGUCCCCAGGUUGGCACAUGUAACUGUAAGAAGGGAGAAAGAGGCCUUCCUGGUCCUGCUGGUAAAAAGGGUCGCACUGGGGAUGAUGGAGCUCCAGGCCUGAAAGGAGCAAAGGGGGACCCAGGUCUUAAUGGAAUCCCAGGACGAGAUGGAACAGAGGGCAAAUCUGGAUAUAAAGGAGAGAAGGGUGAAAGAGGUGAAUGUGGAAUCCCAGGAAUAAAAGGAGACAGAGGCCCUGAAGGUCCAGCAGGCCCCAGAGGAAUAAGAGGGAUACAGGGUUUGCAAGGACAAUCUGGAGAUCAAGGGCCUGAAGGCCUGCAAGGAUCAAAGGGUGAAAGAGGUCUCCCUGGACCACCUGGCUUGCCUGGAGAGACUGGAAUAGGACUGCCAGGCCCAAAGGGUGACACUGGUUUGACAGGAAGACCAGGCCCUGUUGGCCCACCUGGAGUUGGUGAGCCAGGAUUUAUGGGGCCUCAAGGACCUCAAGGUGUUCAAGGAGAAAGAGGUUUACCAGGAGAGGGGCUUCCAGGAGCAAAGGGAGACCGUGGCUUUGAUGGACCAAAAGGCCCUCGUGGACUUCCAGGCAUCAGCAUAAAAGGUGAAAAGGGUGAGUGUGGUCCUCCUGGUUUACCAGGAUCCAUUGGAUUACCUGGAAUUGGAAUUCAAGGAGAAAAGGGAGUGGAAGGCCCAAAAGGACCACCUGGCUCUAGAGGGCUACCAGGACAGGGGAUACCUGGACCAAAGGGUGAACAAGGCUUGCCAGGAGAGACUGGAGUGCCAGGAGAAAGAGGUAUUGGAGAACCUGGUUCUAAGGGUGAUCCAGGGUCUUCAGGACUGGCAGGUCUGCCUGGUCUUCCAGGAGAAGAUGGAGCCCCUGGACAAAAGGGUGAACCAGGGUUGCCUGGUCUUAGAGGUCCUGAAGGUGCUCCAGGGAUUGGAAUACAGGGGGAAAAGGGAGAUCAAGGACAGAGAGGAAUACGUGGAUUAACAGGACCAACAGGAGUGCCUGGACCUGUUGGAGCUAAAGGGGAGCCUGGUACACCAGGACGCCUUGGAAUGCCAGGCCCUCCUGGAAGAUCUGUGCCUGGACCAAAGGGUGAAAUUGGGUUACCUGGUCUUGCUGGACCAAUUGGAGAACCAGGUUUUGGGCUUCCUGGGGCAAAGGGUGACCAAGGCCUUCCAGGACCCCCUGGGCCCUUUGGACAAAAAGGAGAUGGUUAUCCUGGCCCACCUGGAUUGCCAGGCCUCCCUGGGAUUCCUGGUGAACAAGGUCCAGAUGGAGUUGGACUACCAGGACCUAAGGGUGAUCCUGGCAGUAGAGGACCAGUUGGCCCUCCUGGACCCCCAGGAAAAGGCCUGCCAGGACCAAAAGGGACCAUAGGACGCCCAGGGCCACCUGGCUCUAUGGGACCUCCUGGUGAAGGUGUUCAAGGAACUAAGGGGGAACAAGGUAUUCAAGGAAUGCCAGGACCACGAGGCCCCCCUGGAGAUGGGCUUCUGGGAGAGAAGGGAGAUCGAGGAGCCACAGGUGACAAGGGGAAAAAAGGAGAAAAAGGUGAUGUGGGUGACCCUGGUUUACCUGGAGAACCUGGCAAAGCCGGACCAAAGGGAGACCAAGGUCUAACAAGAGAAGAUAUAAUUAAAUUAAUUAAAGAGAUAUGUGGUUGCAGUAUUAAAUGUAAGGAAAUUCCUAUGGAGCUUGUAUUUGUGAUUGACAGCUCUGAGAGUGUGGGACCAGAAAAUUUUGAGAUUAUCAAAGACUUUGUAACUGCUUUAGUAGAUAGAGUAACUGUAGGCAGAAAUGCCACCAGAAUUGCCCUUGUGUUAUACAGUUUAGAAGUUCGACUAGAAUUUGGUCUCAACAAGUAUCCAACCCAACAGGAUGUUAAGCGAGCAAUUAGAAAAAUGCAGUACAUGGGAGAAGGCACCUACACAGGAACUGCUAUCCGCAAAGCAACCCAGGAAGGAUUUUCUGGUGCUCGAGCAGGGGUGCGGAAAGUAGCUAUUGUGCUAACAGAUGGCCAAACUGACAAGAGAGAAGCUGUAAAACUAGAUCUUGUUGUUCGAGAGGCCCAUGCAGCAAGCAUCGAAAUGUAUGCAAUAGGAAUCGUAAAUACUUCAGAUCCAACACAGGAUGAGUUUGUGCGUGAGCUAAACAUGAUUGCUUCAGACCCAGACAGAGAACACAUGUAUCUCAUUGAUGACUUUAACACCCUCUCAGCUCUGGAGUCUAAAUUAGUCAAUCAAUUUUGUGAAGAUGAACAUGGCACCUUAGUAUACAACCAUAAUGAAAAUGGUGCAAGUGGACGAUCCUUCCAUUCAGUAUCUCCAAGUUCUUUACAUUACAUACUUCAGAAGAACAAUGUUAAUAGACAAUCACUUGCAGCACAGACACUUGGAGUAUCUACAGUAGAAAGUCCUCUGAGUCUUGGCCAUCUUCCUCAACCAUUAGCUCCGACCAACGUACCUCCUGUAGUCUAUGAAGCCUAUGAAGAGGAACAAGAUGAAGAAAAACAGCCAACUCUAACAGUAAACACUAGAGGUAUUUCUAUUGUCAUUCAUUUCUUCAUUUUCAUUUUUGGCUGAUGAAAAAUCAGUGUCUCAUUCUGCUUACUUUCACCUGCAGCUGUGUUACCAUUAUUGUCAUCUAAACAACCACCAUCCAGUAAAAUGAUGACAUCAUCUCUUUCAACUGCAGGCCCCACACCAAGACAUGGUGGGUUGUAGAUCACAACUAGUUUAUCAUUUUGUUCUCUCUUCACCCGGUACUAAAUUUUAAUAAGGCUUUAAAUCAGAGUAAUUUUGUUCCAUUUUCCAAAGAUUUUGUGAGUUUGUGCUAUAGAUGUCAUUUCAGGAUUUUAUAACAAGUCUAGUUGCAGUUCUUGUCUUCCCAAAAUUGGGAUCCCACCUCUCCACUUAAAGCAAAAGUAAAGUUGUCUAUAACCUAAGAGGGAGCUCCUAAGGGGCAUCAAAAAGAGAACAUAAUGCUCACUGAGGGUGGGCCAGUCAGCACAAGGAGGGGCAAUCUACAGAGGUGGGAGGCUUCAUUAAAAACAAAGACAGUGAUUUUGGAAUUGGACAGAAAGAAUGUAUUUCUCUUUCAGAGGAGCAAUAGGAAAAAACAGUGUUUAGUCAUUUUGAGUAUAAUAAUUAGCUGAGUGCGUAAAGGGCUGAUUCUUUUUAUAUGAAAUGUCCAAAUGUAUUUCAUUCAUCAUUUGGGGGAUUUUCAGUUCCAGUAAUAGUGCAUUAUGAUAGGAGUAACAGAAGAGAGUGAUAGAAACACGUUCCCAUGUUUCCUGGGAACAGUGGCACAACUUACUCAGUCUCUGUAACUAACGUUUUUGUUCGAAAAAAGUGACAAUAUACCAGUUGCAAAAGACAAAAUUUUAGUCACAACAUUAAACUUCAUAGAAAACUGUUUUCUAUCUCAUGGUAUUAAAUAAAUUAAAUUAAAGUGAGUGAGACUAGAUUAGUAUGUUACAGUCCUCCGUAUCUGUAGGAGUUUUAAAUUCAAACUUAUUACACAAUUACUACCAUUUUAUUAGAUAAGUAGCACAAAUAUCUUACAAAAGCAAGACAAGAUUUUUAUACUCUUCUCAGUAUUUUGUCUCUUCUCCCACACAACAAGGAAAACGUACAGCAGAAGGAUGCAGUAGAUGUAAAAACAGCAGAUACAACUAGCUCACAGCUCUUUGGCUUACAAUUUCAGUUUGCUCAUGAGACUGGUUGCACAUAAUCAGAUUUCAAAAAAAAGUGUUUAAAAACUAUCAUAUUCAUCUUGUUUGCUCUUUUUGUAUGUGGAGCCAUAAUACUAUUAUUUCUGGAAUUCCUAGAAUCAUGCCAGUAAAGGAACAGUUUAUCUGACUACUAAGAUGCACUUGUAACUUGGCUUCAAUAUUUACAUCUUUAGUUUUAAAAAUUAAACUAUUGUACAAGAUUAGCAGAAAAAAAUAAAACAAAGUCAGAAUUUUAAAGGUAAAAUCUAUAUAAUACAACUGACUUUUA